UAUAGUCAUUUCCAUCAAAAUGCCAGUGGAACAAGAUGAAUCUGGAUCUUCCGGGUAGACCGUGAACGCAUCAGGAGGCAGGAGAAGGUAAGAGGCUGUCCGUUAGUAGCGGAGCUGCUAACUUCGCAGCUAACUAUGCCUGGAAAAUGUAAAUUCCAGGACUCCUGGCUCUCCAAGGACAUUUACAAGGAGUGGCUGCUGAAGGACAUGCAGGACAUUCACUUCGCCAGGUGUCGGGCCUGUUGUAAAUCUAUCAAACUCCAGACCAUGGGCGAGGCUGCUCUCACCAGCCACGCAGGGGGAGCUGGCCACAAAGCGGCGGUCCGCAAGCUAGUGGAAGGAAAUCUGAUGAUGAUAAAUGCUGCUGGGCAGAUGAACGGCACCAUCACUCAGAGUGAAGACACCAAGGAGCAAGUGACCGUCUGCCUCCAGCGCGACGCCUUGGACAGAAUAACAGGCAGCGACUGGUCAGAGCAGCACCACAGCCCCACUUCAAACUCCACCUCCCACAAUGCCGAGCUACAGGAUGUGGCUUUUCCCUCUGCCUACUUCACAGCUCCAGGCACCUCCAGGCUCAUCAGCCAUCGUCUCCACUCAUCAGGCAGCGAGGCGGAAGACGCCGGCCGCCGCUCGGUCCAGCACGACUCCGUGGAGCUGUCGAGUCUGGAGCAGCAGCAGAGGACUCAGGCUCUGGAGCAGCAGCAGCAGAUGAAGAUCCUGGAGUGGGAGAACAGGAUGAAGGUUCUGGCCUGGGAGCAGGAGCUGGUGAGGGAGAAGAGGAGAGCGGCCCGGCAGAAGGAGAAGGCCUUCAGGAUGAAGAAGGCGUACUACAAAGCCAAGUUAAAGAGGAUGGGCGAGGACGUGCCGCCGUCUUCCUCCAGCAGCAGCGAUGAAGAGGAGAAAACCUCUGAUCCCACAGGAUGAACUGAUUUAACUUGUGUUUUUAUUAGUGUUUGUUUCACACGUCUCUUUUCUCUACAUGUCAUGGAACUGUUGCUAUUUUUAUACAUGGUUUUUGUACUUGAAUGCAGAGGGAAGUUUCUCAGCUGCUUUAAAUCAGCUGUUUUUACACAGAGAGAAAAUGAGUGAAUGAAUGAGGCUGAAUAAGGAACAUGACAAUGACCUUCUGAGGUAGAUCGUCAUCUGGAUCAUUAUCUGGAUCGUCAUCUGGAUCAUUAUCUGGAUCUUGGUGCAGAUCCAGAUAAUGAUCAACUCCAUAAAGAUGUCGGAUUUUUUCAUGAAGAUUCAAACAUUAGAAACAUGUCAAAAAAUCCUGGCUCCAUCUCUUCAACCAGCUCCUCCCCCUCCCUCCAGCUCAGGUGCAAAUCGGUUCAGUACUUUUGUUUGUCAACAGGAUUACAUGUCCUGUUGACAAACAAACCAACAAACACAGGUGAAAACUGGGAGGUAAUUAACCCAAAAGGUGAAUUAAAAGUACAUGGAAAUGCUCUGGUAGUAGUAAUGAGUUACUUUGCACAUCUUGUAGAAAUGAACCGUGUGAAAUGAUCAAAAUCACGUUUAGUUCUAUCUGUCAUUGAUCAUAAAAUCACAGGCUGUUCACUGAUGUGUAAGAUGAUGUUUCUCUAGAGGCCAGAGUCUGUUUUAAACCUGCACUGAGAUCAGAUCUGAUCACUGCAGAUCAACAGUGACAUUUUCUACACGGAGUCUUUAACAGACGUCUUGCAUGCUAACACCACUACGUAUGUUUGAUCUGUUUCUGCUUUGUAAAUAAAUUUGCGUUGGGUACAAAUCAAAGAAAACACCUGAAAAAAUGAGUGGAGAAACAUACACUACAUGGCCAGAAGUAUGUAGACAUUAAUAUUACAGGCUGGUGAGUCAGAGCUCCUUGUCAGGGCCUCCUGCAGUCUGCUGACAGACAUUUAUAACACUAGAAUAUAACUGAUGUUUCACAGGAACUA